AUGAAAGGACUGCUGCUGAUGCUGCUCCUUUGUGCUGCCUUUGUGGUACUCAUCUCCUGUUCUCCUGCACCAAAAAAUAGGAAUUACCUUCGAACUCAAAAUAAUAAUAUGAAGCCGAGACUGACAACGCGCAAUAAACGAUCCACAUUGAUUGAACAGAAAUCCCCGCGGCAGCUCAGGAGGAAACUCCCGAAGACAUCCAAUAAACCAUCGAUUGGAAGAAGAAGAAGCAGAAGAUCGAAGAUAAUGAAAGUGGGGACUAAAGGAAAUAAGGUGAUUAGGACUGCAAAGAAGAUAACUAUGCAGCCCAGUGUUGUAACCACUGGGAAAAUUAUUUCAACAACGACUGUGGAGCCAACAACAUUCUUGACAACACAGGAUACUCUUUCACCCACUAAUUUCACAGAGAAAGUUGCCGAAAAAACAACAACCCCCGAAAGACCUAUAACAAAAUCCAAGAUUGAAAAAUCAGAAGUGAGGAAAAGGAGUAAAAAUUGGAAAAAUCGAUAUAAUCAACAGCAAACUUACAAAAUUGAACCCGUUAAGUACUACUCGGAAAUAUUUGAUCCAGUAUUAUUUCCCAUAAUACCUCAACAGACGAACCAGAUAAAUCCUUUCGAAUACCAUCUUUUAAACCCCCUACCAGAGCAUGAUCAACAAUUUCAGUGGUAUUACGAACCUUGGCCGGAUUUUCAAUACAACUCCUGGGAAGAUUCCAACUGGUUGGCAAGUUUUAAAGGUAGAGACAAGAAACCAGAUUACUGCACGUCCAAAAACAAGAAAAAGAAACCUAAGAAAGGCCAACUCAAAACGGUUGCUGAAGCGAAAAAACAACCAAUCUCCUUUACUAAUGACACUGCACCACAAACAACGACUACAGAGGAAAUGUCAAAGAUCACAAUUCCACCAUUAUUCCAAGAAACCGUGAAUGAAAUAGAAAUGCUGAUCGACGAGCAUCGUACCCAAUUGAGGUCAGAAUCAAAUAGAGAGAUUAGGAGGCUGUUGGCCAAACGCAUGAAGGCAUCUCUGGAAGAUGGGGCAAACCACAUUAAGAAUUUACUAAGAACUGACCCGUUUGCCGGAAAUUAA